GUUCUCUUUCUUUCUAGAUACCUAUACAUAACUAACGACUUACGUGUACGAGCAACUACGGGAUGUUAUUAGAUGUUUGAUCUUUUGGUGUACAUAGGGCGGGUCUGGUGUUGCAUUUUUUCUUCUUCUUUAGACGAGGAGUCAUUUCGCCACGUCUUGGUUGGUAUAAGGGUGAUUAAUAUUUAAUAGUUGUUGAUAAAAUACUUGUUUUACUUAACUACCUACCCUGAUCUACCCUGAUCAUUCAUCCCUUUGUCUUGGUCUUGGUGGUCUUCUUCUUCUCUUACCCCGACGUGUUGUGCUUCCCAGGUCUCCGCUGCCCCGUCUCUUUUUCAAUCAUCUGCCCUUUCACUCACUUAUUUACGUACAUACUCAUUCCUCAACCUACUUCGCUCGUUCCGGCUACGAUACGAUGAAGAUCCGAUUCAAGGCUCCCUCGGGCGGAGGAACGCUGGAACUCGACGAUGCCUCGACAGUCGACCAGCUCCUCGAAUCCCUCAAGUCGAGCACCGGCUUCGCUGACGUCACAGUCAAGUAUGGUUGGCCCCCUAGAGCUCUAACCGCCGACCAAGGCCAACUCUCAGCGCAAUCUCUCGGCCUUCAUCGAGAGAACCUCACUGUCGUCCCUAAGGAAGAUGCUUCCGCUGCUGUCGCACAGAAUACCCCGCCUGUCCCAGAACCCACCGCGACCACUACGUCCCCCGCCGCGGCUCUCCCCGGCCUCCAGUCGUCGCUUCGGAGCCAGGAGAAAAGCAAAGGCCAAGGUAUAAAGGACCAGAACAUCAGUGUCGCCAUGCCGGAAACUGGCUCUACCCUAGUCCUCCGCGUCAUGCCCGACGACAACAGCUGCCUCUUCACCGCCGUCGGCGGCGCCCUUCGCGGCCUCCGCUCCGGCCCCGACGAGUCCUUCACCGCAGACUCCCUGCGACGCCUAGUGGUCGAGCACAUCCGCGCAAACCCAGGAAAAUACAGCGCCGUGAUCCUCGGCCAGCAACCCGAGUCCUACUGCGCCAACAUGCUGCGGCCCGACACCUGGGGCGGCGAGAUCGAACUCGCCAUCAUCUCGGAGGUCUUCGAGCUGGAGAUCUGCGUCAUCGACGUCAAGACGGGCACCGUGUACCGCGUGGGCGAGGGCAACGGGUACGCCAUGCGCUGCGUGCUGGUGUACUCCAACGUGCACUACGACCGGAUCGCCGAGAUCUUCGUCGAGGGCCAGGAGGUCAUGGAGUUCGACGUGACGCGCUGGGCCGCGGACGAGAGCAGCGAUCAUAUUAUCGCGCGCGCGCAGGAGAUGUGCCGGAAGCUGAAAGACGAGCACCAUUAUUAUACCGACACUUCCGACUUCGUCGUCACAUGCAACGAGUGUGGUUGGGUCGGCCAGGGCCGGGAGGCUCUUGCUAAGCACUCCCUGGGCACCGGACACACGAAAAUCAGCGAGAUUAAGGAUACUGGCGCAUAGACGACGGGUCAUACAUUUACUACUAGUUGGGGUCCGGUAGGUCGUUAUAGCAGAAAUUCUCGUGUACAUAGUAUGAUAUACGGAUGCUGGAUGCGCAGUGCGCGGAGAGUUAGAGAUGGAUACCCUUACUCGAGAGGAAGAGUAGCAGAAGACUCGAAUGAGACCCACGACCAGUCAUGCUUCAUGCUUAUAAAAUAAAUUCAAGACCUCUAUAUUCCGUACUAGUUUGAUGCUUGACAAUAGAGAUAGUUG